UUUUAAUUCGUUGGCUAUGUAUGAUAUGUAGCACCCAUUGAACUAAGAUAUUUAUUAUCUUAGUUCAUAAUCUAAGGCCGUGGUAGCACGCACGAAGUAGAUAAAAUUGUAUCUACAUCGUGGUAGCCCUAGAUGGCGGUAGCACGAUUACGAGCUCGGACUAAGAUAGUCUUGAUUACGAGUAUGAAACUAUGAUAUAAAUUAUUUUUGUUAAUAUAGAUAAAAUAAACAUUGAACCACCAACCAUGAACCAUGGAAUUUAAUUAUUAGUACGUGAAUAGGUACGUGAUAUAAAUGUUCUAUUACCCUUAUUAAACUAGUGAAUUUUUAUUAUUUUUAAAAUUUUAGAUAAGACUAUAAUUUUAUAAUCAUUAUUUAGUUCAAUUAGCCAUGUGGAAAUGUCAUAAAUGUGGCAAACCCGUGUAUUUUGGUAAGUUUGGAUAUUGUAAAUUGUUAGUAAUUCACAGAGUAAAAACAUUUGUUUGUUUAGCGGAACGUAAACAAUCGUUAGGAUAUGACUGGCAUCCAGAAUGUCUACGAUGUGAAGAAUGUAGUAAACGAUUAAACCCUGGACAACACGCAGAGGUAUUAAAUUAUAUGUUAAUUAGUAGUACCUAGAUAACAUAAUUACUUUUACUGUUAUGAAUUAUAUAUUAGCAUAAAGGUGUUCCUUAUUGCCAUGUACCCUGUUAUGGUGUCCUUUUUGGACCUCAAUUGUAUGGCCAUGGAACCAGAGUGGAAUCUCAUACUAGUUUUGGGAGAGUUGAAAACAAAUACCCAUUUGGACCAAAUGUUGAAAGGUUUGUUUAACAUUGUCUGACAUUGUUUAACAAAUGUGUAACAUUUCAGUUGUUUUUAUUAUAGAUCUGAGCUGGAUGAGAAACUUAAAAUGUACAAUAAAUAUUAUGAAGGGCGUAGUGGAGAGAUCCGUAGUCGUGAGGUAAAAUUGAUUUUUAAUUUUGUAUUUAAAAUUUCAGAUUAAAUUGAUGUAAAAAUAAUAUUAAUAUUAUUCAUAUUGUAAUAGGUAAAUGGGCGUCCUAUUUUAGAAGGGUCAUUAAGAAUUCAUUGGGCUGUUACGGAUAUGAUUCAUCUUAAAGAAGAUGACGACCAAAGAAUUAAAAAUAGAAUUCUCAGAGAAACUGAUGUGCCAUUGAUGGUAAAGAAUUUUAAUCCUUUUUUUUUUAGCUUUAUAGCUCAUUUAAGCCUAAUAUUGUAUCAUAUCACUCUUUCCACUUAUCUCUUACCAAUGAUAACUUGUAAUUUCUUAUUCCUAAGAUUUACAAAUCUUUCUUAGCUUUGUUUUGAUUUUUAGGUGUCCCUUUAUUUGAGAAUUUCAAUUUAGAGUAUUUUAGAUUCUGAACUUGGCAAAGAAUGUAUUGGUUUUAUUAUGAUGUGGUAUUUUUUUUUUUUGUACCUGUAAACUUCUACCAGAAAACUUGUUCCAAUUGAAAAAAUGACUAGAUUCUGUCUAGAAAUAUCGAUUUGAUGCAUUUUUGGUGCAUUUUAAAUUUAGUUGGUGAAUAAAUACUGAUUUUAUUGAUUUUCCAAAUAGUUUUUAUAAUAAUUGAGAAAAACUGGGGAAGUUUUUGAAAUAGCAGUUAUUUUGAAUUUGUUUUUGUUUUAGUUAGGUUAAACAUAUUAGUAGAGAUCUUAAAUUUUCACAAAAUAUUUAAAUCAGACAUUCAAAUUGUAAAUUGAUGGCCUUUUGAUGGCUAGAAGUUCCUAAGCUUAGUCAUGACUGAUAUUCAUGACAUUAAAUGUUUUUGUAUUAUCAAUGUAUGUAUGUAAUAUAAUUUCUUAUGUUCUAUUUAAAACAAAACUGUGUUAGGCUGACUAACAGUGCUUAAAGUAGUUUGGUAUUUUGGGCAUUAGGUGAACAGGUGGACUAGUUUGUUUGUUCAUUGUUCAUCUGUUAUUAUUUAUUAAAUGCUAAUAAUAUGGUACUCCUACAAUACGGACUGUACUGGUGAACAAUGAACAAUUUAUAGGUCAUCUAUUUUGAUUUUAAUAAAUUAUUCACUUGAAUGAAUGUUUGAGGUAGUAGUGAACAGUUUAUAUUAAAAUUAAGUUUAAUGUAAUAAAGUUUAGAUAAAUGUGAACUAGUUCAAAUUGUUCAAUUUAGUGAAUAGUUCAAUUGAGCUAGUUUGAUCAUGACAGACAUAAUAAUGGUAAGAAAUCUAUAUGCAUAAUAUUAUAUAGAUAAGUAGAUUCCCAAUAAUAGUAUACCUACAUUAUAUUGUUCCAAAUAAUUAUUAAGGGUUUUUUAGUUAAGGUUUAUAUAGGUUAUAUAAAUAGAUCUAUAUAUUUUUAAAUUUAUGUAUUCAUUUAUAAUGGGACUUUUUUUUUUCUCAAUUCAUUCUUAUAAUUGAUUGCAAUAGUAUUCCAAACAGGUUUAAUUAUUUCCAAAUUAUUUUCCUAAUAAUUCUCUUUUUGGUUAUAUUUUACAAAUAUUUAUUUAAUGGAUUUUCAGAAACUACAAAGCAAAUAUGUAACCAAUAAUUCAAAAAAUGGUCAACAUCAAAAUGGAAACAAUUCCUCAAGCAAAUUCAAUACAUUACCAUUACAUUUAAACCAUAACAUCAUUAAAGAUGAACUUGAUGAAUUUUUAAAAGUAAUUUAUUUGUAAAUUAAAUAGAUUAAUUACUUUUAAUAUUUAAGUGUAAAUUAAUGUAAACAUAUAAUAUUUUAUAUUGUUUGAAUCUCAAAAAAAAAAAAAAAAAAACCAUUUUCAUUUUUGUUUAUUAUUACCAGGGCUUGGAAUUUUAUGCAUUAAAAAAUAAUAAAAAAAUGUGCUUAUGUGUUAAAAAAUCUUUAAUAUGCAGUAAUUAUUAUUAUUAUUUUUUUUAUAAAAUAUGCAUUUAUAUGGGAUUAAAUUUAAAAAAUUAAUUAUUAAUAAAUUAAUAAUUCCUAAAAAAAUAAUCAAUUAAUAAAUUCUUGAUUAUAGUUUGAAGUAUAUUAGUCACCAAAUCCUAAAUGUAAUAUAUUAUAUAAAUAACUAUCAGUAGUUGAAGAUGUUAACACUCAUAUCCAUGAUAUAUGAUUAGAAUCAAGGUAUUUUAUUUUGUUUUUUUUUUAAACAUCAAUAUUAAUACAAGAUAAAACCUGCCUGUCAUUACAAGUUACAAUCAAUAAAUUAUUAGUUAAAUGGAUACUGUGUUAUGCAACUGUGACAGCAAUUGAUAAAAACUAAAAAUAAAAUGUUAAAUAAGAUUAGGUUAAUCAUAACAAGUUCACAAUUAAUACUCAGUGGUGGUAGACAGUAAUGCGCAGAGGUUUUUUUAAAUUUUUAAAUUUAAAUUUGUUUACGUUUGAUUUAUGAACAUAAUAUGUAUUAAUGUGUAAAAUAUUUAAAUGUGCAACAUACAUUUUUGUAUUCUGUUUAUCUAUAUUAUAAAACAAAUUUGUAUAAAAUCAGAUUAAUAUAUGACUAUUAUUACAAUAUGAAUUAAAUUUUUAUCAAACUGUUAUUGGUGUGCUAUGCAAAUUAAUUAAAUUAUCAUAUUUGAGUUUUUAAUUUGAAAUAAAUUAUUUAGGUAGAAAAAGAAGUAGUUGAUGGUGAAAAAAAAUUUAAUUCACUAGUUCAUAUGGAAGCUAUAGUUCCAGAUAAAAACGAUGAAUAUUCCGAAAAUUUUGAAUCUCAAUUAGAAAAAGAAACUGCUGAUAAGAGUUUACUGAGAAGUCGUUCAUUAGAUGAUGAUGUCAGUGAUAAUGAUUGUAAUGAUGAAGUGCUCUCUGAUCAUCAAGAUGAAUUAGUGAACAAUGUGGUAAUGCGUCGUAAAUCAGGAUCAACUGCCAUUAAAAGAAGGUAAGGGUUAGAUUUAUAAAAUGAUAAUUAAAUUCAAUGUCAAUUUUGGUUUAAAUUUUAGAACAGGAAGAUUAAAUGGGAAAAAUAGAACAAAAUUAAAACGUAGAUGUUCAAUAAAUGGUCAUUUUUAUAACCGGGAAACCAGUUUUUUUACACCACCAUAUGGUAGUCAAAUGUCCGUUUGGGUUACAUCAUUGGUUACAACACCAGAAGUCAUUAACUUGAUGUUAGAUAAAUACAAAGUAGAUGGAAAAGCGUAUCAAUUUUCUUUAUUUCUUGUAUUUGAUAAUGGAGGUAAAUAUCAGUAUUGUCAUUUAGUUUUUCUGUUUAUUAAUAUUGGAAUGGAAUUAUAGAACGCCGUAAAUUAUUGGAUGAUGAAUAUCCAUUGGUUGUAAGGUUAAUUCAAGGACCACACGAAGACGUUUCUAGAUUGUAUUUGAUGGAAAGUAGAUCAACAGAUGAAAUAAGUUGUGAUGUAGCUCAAUUUUUAAAUUUUAGUAUACCUGAAUGCAAAGCUAUUCUGGCUGGUUAUGAUGCUGAAGAAGAAAAACAUAUAAUUGCAAUACAAUCAAAGUAAAGAAUUAAUUUAUUGAUAUUUGAUAUAGCUAUUAGAUAAUAGUAGUAUUUUCUUUAAUAGUUUUGACUUUUAAACAAUACCGUCCAUGAAUAAAUAUUGAGAAUUAACCGAUAAGAUUACAGUAACCAUAGACCUUAUACUAAUAGACUGGCCUUGCAUAUUGAGUAGCUGAGGUAGCAACUGGUCAGACAUAUUACAGUGGUGUACAGCAGUGGUUUUCAACCUGGGGGUAACGAACCCCAAAGGGGUCGCGAGUGAUAGGGGGUUGCCAGAAAUCAUAAGUAUUAUAUAUAUAUACUGUGCAUCGUAUUAUUCAAGUUCUAUUAAAAGAUUUUUGAUCAUCAUAAAUGAAAAAAAAAAUUAGGGUGUCACAAUUCAUAAAAGGAUGAAAACCACUGGUGUUCAGUAUAAUCACAUCAAUGUUGUCAUUUACAUUUUAUACUUAUUUUACAUUGUAUUACACAUAGAAUGGUAUGUGUAAUACAAUGUACAAAAUACCAUAUAAGUCACAAGUCACAUGUGAAGACUGCCCUCUAUCGAUAACCGUUCCAUGUGUUCAAAAGGCCAGUCUAUCAGUAUAAGAUCAGUAAUGACAGUAACUCAUAUUUAUGCAUCUAUUACUAUGGUUAAUUGAGUCACUGGUUCAAAUUUUGCAACAUCAAUAUUUUUUCAUUUAAUUUUUAAUACUGUCAACUGAUCAAGUUCACAUUAUUAUUAUGUGACCGUAUCACAGAAUAUUGAUUAAUUUUUUUUUGAAGUUUUCCUUUACACUUCUUUUCAAACCAUUAUUAAUUUCUACUUCUACAUCUUCCUUUACUAUAUCUUUUAAUCUUACCUUUGGUUAGCACAGUGAUUUCUAUGGUAAAGAAAGAUAUCUGGAGUAUCUUAGGCCUAUCAUGUACUUUAUUCAUUUUUAUCAUUUUCAUUUUCAUUUUUUUUUUUUGUGUUUAUUGUAAAAAAAUAAGCAGUCACCCGCUUAAUAAACAGCAUACUAGUUAAUAAUCUGUAAUAAAUAUUUUUACCUUAAUUUAUUGAUCAGAAAUAAUUGUUUGGUCGUGGAAUUGUACAACUGACCCUUAAUGUUUCUUAGCUUAUAACAAUUUUUCAGAUUGUUUCUUUUAGGUUGUUCUUUAUUUCCUGUCUUCAGAACUAUGUUGUUCUUAUAUACUAGAAGUUUAAAUUGUCCAAUGUUUUUGUUCUUUCUAAUAGGUGCUUAUUAAAAAAAAAAAAAUGAUGUUUUAAUUUUAGGUAUGAAGAAAUGAGAAGAAGAAUCAAACAACGUAUGGAACAGUUAAAGGUGCGACUUUAACUUUUAACUAGUUAACUAGUUAUUUAAUUAUUAUAAUAUAAGUGUAAUUUUACACUUUGUAUUUCUAUUAUUUUUUUUAUUGUUUCUUAUAUUAAGCACAUUUUUAAAAUUUAAUAUCAUUUAUUAAAAAAUAAAAUGUC